AUGGGGCAACUACCAGCAACCCGGGUGACACCACACCGACCCUUCCUGAACAUCGGAGACGACUAUGCCGGGCCCAUCACGCUCAAAACGUUCCGCGGACGAGGCGCCAAAACCUACAAGGGUUACUUCAUAGUCUUUGUAUGCUUCAGCAGCUCUGCAAUCCAUUUAGAAAUAGCCACGGAUUACUCCACCGACGGGUCCAUAGCCGCUCACAAGCGCUUUACAAGCCGCCGCUGCAUCUGCUCCACCAUCACCAGUGACCAAGGCACCAAUUUUGUCGGGGCGAAUGCUGAACUGAGACGACUAUUCCGAGCCGCAACGCGAGAAUGGUCUGAGAUAGCCAACAUCCUCGCCAACGACGGAGUAGAAUGGAAAUUUAAUCCACCUUCAACGCUGCACUUCGGCGAAAAAUGGGAGGCCGGCGUCAAAUCAGUCAAGGGUCAUCUACGUCGAAUUAUCGGUGAUACAGUCCUAACUUAUGAAGAACUCUCAACCUUUUUGACACAAGUAGAAGCCAUCUUAAACUCUCGUCCUCUCGUUGCUCUAUCCGACGACCCGGCGGAUUUGUCCGCUCUGACGCCUGGUCAUUUCCUCGUUGGUUCCGCUCUCACGACCAUUCCUGAGCCCUCAAUGCAAGACAUUCCUCUGAAUCGCUUCUAA